UUUCCCGCUGUCGUUUAAACACGGCUGUGUUCGUUAUGGCUGCUCAGGCGCCUGGGUGGGCGAAGCUGUUCCUUGCAGAGUAUCGUGUGGAUACUUUCGCACAAUGGCCUUUCAACGACGGCUGCCUUUGUACUCCGGAGCAGAUGGCAAAAGCUGGAUUCAUUCACUGUCCUGGUGACAAUGCCCCCGAUGUGGUGCAGUGCUUCUUCUGUUUUAAAGAAUUAGAGGGAUGGGAGCCUGAUGACGACCCUAUGGAAGAGCACCGAAAACACUCCCCCAGCUGUGUAUUUCUUGCUCUCCAGAAGGAUGUGGCCGACUUGAAAAUGCACGAGUUCUUAAAACUGCAGAGGGAGAGAAUGAAGAACUAUACGAAAAAGCUCGUCAUGCAGAAAGCAAAUGACUUUGGGAAGUAUGUAUCAAAUGUGCGCUCGGAAAUCAACCGACUUCUUAAAUAAAACUCUGCACUCUUGGACAUUGUGGGCUUAUGGGUUGUUGAAGUGCUGCUUACUAACUGGCUGUGAGCAGAUGGUAAAUAGUUAUGUGGCUGAAUUUCUGCCCAAAUGUUAAGAGCUUCCUGUUUCUCUUCUCUGUGGAUACCGCCUUGUUUUUUUAAUAAAUAUUAUUCUCUUCAAA